GCAGUGACUGGUGUUGGAAGGUGGGGUGGGCAGUCUUAGAGGACUCAGCCCUUAACCCGUGGGAUCUGAUGCUAUCUUUGGGUAGAUAAUGUCAGAAUUGAGUUGAAUUCUCGGACACUGGGACACUCAGCUGGUAUCCUGAGAACUGCUUGGAGUUGUGGGUGGGGGAACCCCCAUGUUGGAAAUUGGGUGCUCGGAACCCUAAAAGAGCACAGGCGGAGUAGCAGGGAGCUACAGGAGCGUACUGAUUGUUCUUUUAAAGAUGAUUUGACGGCAGAGACUGUGCUUGUCUUCCUGCAGGCCAUGGGGGAUCAGGACUUACCUGGUGUGUUGGUGUCUGGAUUGGAGGGAUCUUAUGGGAUAUGUGAAGAUCACGUUGGAGAUCUGCAGAAACACUUUAAUCUCAUUACCUUGCAAGAAUUUUUGGAAAAUAAAACGCAAUUUGGCCCAAAGAUCCAAGCUGUAUAUAUCUGGGGAGGAAGGCCAGCUAUUGACCAGGAGCUCCUGGGGAGCCUGCCCUCCUUGAAGAUAAUUGCCAGCGCAGGAGUAGGUCUCGAUCACCUGGACCUGAAGCUCAUCGCCAGCUUUGGUGUGAAGGUAGCCAACACACCACAGGCCGUGUCCAACCCCACGGCAGACAUGGGGAUGGCCUUACUGCUGGCUGCAGCUCGCAGGGUCGUGGAAGGUCAUAUGUUGGCCAGUGCACCAGAUACAGAGACAUUUUCUACAAAUUGGGUGGGUCAAGAGGUGACGGGGGCCACUCUGGGACUCAUUGGCAUGGGCAGCAUUGGUUAUAAGAUUGCUCAGAGAGCCAAAGCAUUCGAAAUGAAGGUUCUGUAUCACAACAGGAGACGCAGGAAAUUAGAGGAGGAGGAAGCUGUUGGUGCCACUUAUUGUGAGAGUCUGGAUGAUCUGCUUCAGCGAUCAGACUUUGUGCUGUUGGCUGUGAGCCUGACGCCCCAGACCCAGAGGCUGAUUGGGAAGAGGGAGCUGAGUCUGAUGAAGCCCACAGCCAUUCUCAUCAACAUCGGCAGAGGUCUGUUAGUCGAUCAGGACGCGCUGAUGGAGGCUCUUCAGACUGGGAUCAUCAAAGGGGCAGCGCUGGACGUGACGUACCCGGAGCCCCUGCCUAGAGACCACCCCUUAUUGAAGUUGAGCAACGUCGUUCUGACGCCUCACCUCGGAAGCGCUACGCACCAAGCCAGACGACGGAUGAUGGAGAAUCUGGUGCAAAGCAUCCUGGCCUCUGUCAGCGGCCUUCCCGUUCCUAAUGAAGUGCUCCUUAAGUGAUCUCAUGUGGGCUAACCAGGGCAAGGACAGAUUAAACGGGAAGAGAUCUUA